AUGGAUUAAUCUGUAGUGGCUUUAAAGGCUGAGGUGAAGGAGUAUCAGAUGAGCAAAAUAGAUAGUAAUGUCAUCCUAUUCAUCUUGCUGGUAUCCAAGAGGGAUGGGUAGUAAUGGACAUUAGAGAAGAGGUAUUCGGAAUUUGACGAUCUGAAUACUAACUUGAAGAAGGUGUUCACGAAUUUGCCUCCAUUGCCAGGGAAAACAUUGUUUAAGUUGAAGGAACAUGUCGACAUCGAGAAGCGAAGAGUGGGACUGGAUUAUUACAUUAAGGAAUUAUUAAAAAGACCAGAUGUGUUUAAUUCUGAGCAGAUGAAACAAUUUUUAUAGUUGGAGAAGCAUGCUUAAGAAUAAGUGGUCAAUCCACCCAAGAUGUUAGGAGAAAUUACAGGAUUCAUUCACGGAUUAAGAGAUUUCUAUAUAGAGAGAUCACAGAAUGUCAUUUUCGUCUUAUCUUCUGACAUGAAUGUGGCUAGCAGAUUCGAUGCCUACUUAACUAAUAUGAAAAUGCCAUGGGAAAAGGAAGCUCCUCCAACUCUCUUGGCUGUUGGAUGUUUGGAAUGUUGGGUGAAGACUAAUGAUGAGAACGAAUUCAAGUAUGAGAGAAUGUGGAAUAAAACCUAUCCAUCAUAAGCAAUAUGUUUGUAUUGGGAUGCAGUGACGUCAACUCUAAUCGUUGGAUUAGAUGAGGGAAAAUUGAAUUUGCUUAAAGUACCUCAAGAGAGUCAAUUUAUCAGAUACGAUGAAUAAGCAGAUAUCAAGGCACAUUAGGGUAGAGUGAUGGGUGUAUUUUAUGAUUCCAUAAAUUCCCAUAUUCAUUCUGUAUCAGAAGAUAAGAAAUAUAAAGUACUUGACUUUUAAAGAUAAAUCACUGUUGCUGAAAUCUAACCAAGUCAACAUGGUUUGACUGGUUUGGCAGCUGAUAAAGACAAUAGAAGAAUAUUUGUUUCAGAUAGAGGAGGUUACGUUCACGUCUUUGAAAUUACCUCUGCAACUAUGGGUCCCUCUUUGGCUGUUUCAGUGGCAUCCCAAACACUCUCUCCUAUCAGAGGAAUCUUUUUUGAUCCUGUCAAGAACUAUUUAUUCACAGCAGGUUUCGACCAAGGUGAAAUUGGUAUCUUCGAAGUUGGUAAGUCUGGCAGAGAAAAAUUUACUAAAUAAACAGCAAGUUUGAAAGAUAAACCACAAGUGAGAGAAAUAGUUUGGUCACCUUCCAGAGGAGAAUGCAUGGUUGGCAAUAAAGACGGUACAGUCACAGUGUGGAGUGGCAAAAAAGCUGCACCAAUAUUUGUAAUUAAGGCUCAUAAUACUGACAUCACCAAACUCCAGUGGUAUGAAGAUAAACAUAUGUUGGUUACCAGUGGAAAGGAGAAGUCUUUGAAAUUCUGGCAAUUACCAAUGGAAUGGAGAGACAAAAAGAUUGAGUAGUAGGAAGCGUAUGAAUACGAACAAUGGAAGAAAUAAGAAAAUAUCAAAAUAAGUAUUGAGUCUACUAAAAAGAAAGAGUUUGAUUCUGAUGAGGAUGAUCUUAAAGGAUGGCAUAAAAUGUGAAGUGAAUAUCAAAAAUAUAAUAAUAUAUUAUUCAAAUUUCUCAUAA